AUGAUUGCCUAUCAGUUCGAGUCCGAUGAGGUAAAACUGCCGAACGAAAGACGGGAUUCAACUGACAAUCUGUGGUGCGCAAAUAGUACGCUGGGUCCAUCACUGUCAGCUCAGUGCGAGUUGUGCAGAGUGUCUCCCGUGGGUUGCUCUUCAUCAGUCAUUGAACUUGAACCAGUCAACCUGAACGCCAUUGUGAAAGUGUUGGAUCAGCAUCAACUACUUGAUCUACUUCGACCUGCUCACCUGCUCCAUCCACUACCCUUGGGGUUGGCCACGGUGAUCUUGCAAUAUCAACUUGACCAAGGUCAAGCUAAAACCGUUUCACCUCAACCGACAGACAUUCUACUCAAUCAGCACGCGUCGAAGGCGGAGGCCAUCCGAACUUCGCCGUGGUUACCCUUAUUAACAACCAGCAUGAUGCUGUUACCACUCUCUCCUCAGGCAAACAAGAACCAACCCAUCAGAUCGGUGCAUCCUUAUUUGAAAUCGAAGCUAGGUGGCGGACCGCUGGCGUACAUUCCAUUGCAAGCACCAGCAAAAGUCGCUUCCGUCUCAGCGUGGAUUCCUCCACCGAAGUCUAGCGUUCAUCUGGAUAACCUGCACAACAUCAUCUCUCAGUGUGGAUGCCAGUGGUCGCUGCCGGAGGAACACCUUAAGUCAGUGGGAGUGGGACUCAAGACGACGAGCGAUCCUACCGCAAGAGUGCCCCGGUUGUUUCAUCCGUUUGUUGAGGAAGCAUACUCUAUGUUGAAUGCCACUCCAACGCAGACAGACGGAUAUUUGAACCUAUCCAGCUCGGUGAAUACCCACUGUACUUGCGUCAAGCGCUUAACCACAAUACUGUCACGUCCGUGUGAGUUCGACGCAAGAACGUCGUCUUCUACGCAUCCACAGACGCGGCGGAUUGGAUUUGGGCACAAUAUUGCUGAAUCGCAGCACCCAUGUGGCAUUCCACGUUCUGCCGAGCAUUUCCUUUCGGACGCGCGUCAGUUCCAUUCCUCUGGUAUGGGGAGUCGAGCAGUACCAAUUGGUACAUGCUGUAGUACUGAGUGCAAAGAGUUCGCCUACAGCUUGCUGACGGCGAUGCAGUGGAGUCAAUUGAUAAGCCGGUACUUUGAACUUGUGCAGCGAUUUAAGGUAAGUUAG